GACUAUCUAUAACUUUUUCUUUAAAUGCAAGGACAAAGCUAGCAAGUUUUCUUCAAAAACACUAGUAUAUAUAGUGCAGUUGCUGGCUUGCUGCUCCUCCUGUCUGGCCAAAUAUUAUUCCAGCUAACAAGUUUUAGGGGGACCAAUGUCGUCAGCUAGGUUCGGUAAGCUGGAGGUGGAUAUUGAAAUCAAGGCUCCUGCUGAAAGAUUCUUUGAAUUCAUAACGCGGAAAACACACAUGUUAUCGAAUACCAGUCCUGAUAAAGUUGUGAGUUGUGAAUUGCUUGAAGGUGACUGGGGAAAAGAAGCGUCUGUCAUCUCCUGGAAUUAUGUUCUAGAUGGGAAUGCUAGAGCUGGCAAGGAGUUGCUUGAAGCCGUAGACAUCGAAAGAAAUUCGGUAACUUAUAGAGUUGUCGAUGGAUACUUGCUGCAGUAUUACAAGAGCUUUAAGAGAAGUUGUGAAGCCACCCCAAAAGGAAAAGGAGAAGAAGAGGGAACCCGUGUUCACUGGACUCUGGAAUAUGAGAAGCUGCAUGACAAAGUUCCGGAGCCACAUACCAAGCUCCAAUUCAUACUGGAUCUCGUCAAAGAUUUUGAUGCUCACCCUAGCAGCCAAGAACAUCUAUAAGCGCAAAAUUCUUCUCUUUUUAUUUAAACAAAAAUAAAUAAAAUAAAUAAGCACUCCUCUGUGUGUAUGUGCUAUACUAAUAAAAUAUUGGGUCCAUGCAUGUGGAAGUAAUUAAGUAUGGAAAUUAAACCUUGGAUUAAUUGAAGUUUGUUUAAUAAAAGGUUUCUACCAUGGAGAUUUCCUACUACUUAUUAAGAUAAUAAAGGAAAUUAUCGAAAUUCAAAAUUCGAUUUGCUGA